AUGGCCACCAGACGUGCUCAUGUUGAGGAUGACCUUUCCUGUCCAAUUUGUGGACACAUUCUCAGUCAGCCAGUGGUGCUCACAUGCAGACACAGAUUCUGUAAAGCCUGUCUAAAAGACAGCUGGGAGACACAAGGCCGUGGGGAUUCAAACUAUUGUCCUCUGUGCUGGCGCCGUUCCUCCAUGGAUCAAAUAGUGGUGAGCACUGUGCUGGAGAAGUCCUGUGAAUCCUUCAAGCUGGACAGAAGCAAGAAUGACCCAGAGGCUUGUAAGGAGCAUGGAGAAAAGCUCACGCUGUUUUGUUUGGAGGACUUGGAGCCAAUCUGUGGUGUGUGUGGGAAAGCAGCUGCACACACUGGGCACAGACUCUAUCCUAUUGGGGAAGGUGCUCAUGACUGUAAGGAAGAACUGAAGAGUGCGCUGCUGCCUUUGAAAGAGAAGAUGCAGCUGUACAAGAAAGCGAAAAUGGCCUGUGAGGAAAUGGCAGAACAUGUCAUGAACCAAGCUGAACAUACCGAAACACAGAUCAAAGAGGAAUUUGAAGCCCUUCACUGUUUUCUAAAAGAGCAAGAGGCUGCUAGGCUUUCUGCUUUGAAGGCCGAUGAGGAUGAGAAGACUCUGAUGAUUAACCAGAGGAUUGAAGAGAUGAGCAAUGAAAUUACAUCUCUGUCCAACACCAUCAGAUUAGUAGAACAGGACAUGAAAUCUCAAGACAUCCCAUUUCUUAAGAAUUACAAAGAAACAAUAAGAAGAACCUGGCGAACUUCUCCAAAUCCACAGAUGAUUUCUGGUGCUCUGAUUGAUGUGGCCAAGCACUUGGGCUCUCUGAAAUAUAAAGUGUGGGAGAAGAUGAAGAGCAUAGUAAAAUAUAAUCCUGUGAUUCUAGAUCCCAACACAGCAGCUAGCUGCUUCAGCCUCUCAGAAGAUCUCACAGUUGUGCAGAACUGCACCCAGAUUUUCAAGCUGCCAGACAACCCUGAACGCUUUGACAUCAGUGCUGAAAUGCUGGCUGCUGAGGGCUAUUCCUCUGGACGCCACAGCUGGGAUGUAGAGGUGAAGGACAACACCUACUGGGUGGUGGGAGUAGCCAGUGAGUCCAUCAACAGGAAGGGCAAGCACGUACUGACGCCAGCAGAGGGAUUCUGGACUAUACGGUUUCGCAACGGAGAGCAUAAGGCCUGCACAGCACCAUGGGAGUCGCUGAACAUGACUACGAAGCCAGAAGUGAUAAGAGUAGUUUUAGACAUGGACCGAGGCAAGGUGACGUUUUAUGACCCCAGAGAGAGAACACCUCUGUACACCUUCACAGAUGUCAUCACACCCAGAGCCUUUCCCUACUUUUGCACUGCCUGCAAAGAGCAUCCACUGAAAAUCCUAUCCACAAGAAUAUCCUUGUCAAUGGACCACUAACUCACACUGGAAACAUUUUGCCAAACAUUGCUUGUAUAAAAAUCCAAUGAAAGAAAUUAAGGGCUGCUUAAGCUUGUGAACAUAUGAUCAUGUUUUCUCUUGCAAGAGAUGACUGUGGGGAACACUACAAUUCUAAGAAAACUGAACGAAAAAUGCACCUCUAAAUUAUUACUGAUGAAUGACAUGAAACAGAAAUGUUUUAAAAUAUUUUAUUUGAGUUACAACAUAACAUGUAGUCUGGAGGAUCUGAAAUUGUAAAUAGCUUCACAAUCUUUAACACCUAUAUAUUACUAUACUGAUAAGAUUUGUUACGUGAAUGUACAGUCACUAUGUGUGACGUAGCUUUGCAUGACACAAAAUCACUACCACUUCUGGCUUAUUUCCAAGCAAAGGCAUAACAAAUGAUUUAAACAGAUUGGAAGCUUCAUAUAAGGCACAUACAGUAACAUUUGUGUAUUUGCAAACCCAUGCCACUGUUGUUCAGAGGUUCAAAUAUGACAAGUGAGAUUAGUUUUCAAUUGCAUAAAAAAAUACUCUAUGGUUAGUGUUUGAUCUAGUAGCCACGUGCCUUCACUGCAUGUUGAAGUCCGGUCUUUAAGCCUUAUCCAAACACGCGGCAGUAACGCCAUAGCCUCAUCCUAAAGUAUUGCUUAAACCUAAUUCUGGCAGCAUAUUUCAUAAAGGGGUUACACCCCGUAACAAAGUUAGACUUGAUAGCCCUCUUGUUGUCCUAAUCACAUUACUGUAACAUGUAUACUAUUUCAAAUGGGUUGUGGGAGAUACCCACUCUAUGUGCGGUAAUGCUCAACAUCCUUUUGAGGUGUUCAUUUAAUACAUUUUUUAAAAAAAGUUAUUAAAAAGUAUUAAAUGCCCUCACAUUAUGUACUCGUAUGUUACUCAUACAGUGUUAAAACAUCAUCUGAAACAAUACUCUGCCUAUGUAAGUAGUCCUUUUAACUCUGUUCCGUGAACAGUCAUAAUCUCGGCAGGUGGUGCACCAAGAUUGACUUAUUCCGAAACCAGCAUAUGCAUACGCUAUCCUUCCUUUACAGCUUCUGUUUAACUGAGGCACCACGACUGCCAUGCUAUGGCCUCGAUGUCAUAGAGACAUUCUUCCCUCCGCUAUAGCAUU